CACCACGAUAUAGGGUUGCUUUUGUAAAAAUUUCGAAGAAAAAGGAAAGAAGAGAGUGAAAAAUGCAGAGUGGGAAGAACGCAAUGAAAGAAGCAGCUGCUAACGUAGCAGCCUCUGCCAUGUCUGGCAUGGAAAAGACCAAAGCCACCGUGCAAGAAAAGGUGGAGAAGAUGAAGUCCAGUGACCCAGUUGAAAAGGACAUGGCGGCCCGAAAGAAAGAGGAGAGAAUAGUCGAGGCCGAGGUCAACAAGCAUGAAGCGAUGGAGCAAAACGCGGCGGCUAGGCGGGAUGUGGCAGUGGCUACCGGCUAUACUGCGACCGGUGCUGGCACUGGGACCCACACGUAUUCCACGACUGGGGCCGCAGGGCAGCCGACUGGAACUCACCAGAUGUCCGCACUUCCCGGUCACGGCACCGGGCAGCCCGCUGGCCAAGUGACGGAGGGUGUGGCGGAGGCGCACCCUAUUGGGACCAACACGGGUACGGGUCGGACAACAGCCCAUAAUACUAAUGUAGGUGGGAAUGCGACCAAGUACGGGACCGGUGGGACCUACAGUUGAGACGGACCCUUUAUUUUCAAGUUCUUGGCCAUGGUGUGGGCCUGAGUUAGGCCGUGUGUGGACCCUUUCUUUGGGGGUCAUUAUGUAACAUGCCUUGUUUUUAUGGUUAUUUUUUAAUGGCCUUAGUGGGUUGAGUUGAAAUUGCUUUUUCUUGAUAUUUGUAAGUUUGAAUUGAAUAAAAUUUGGUACCAGUAUGUAAUAUUUGGA